UCUCUCUCUUGCACACCACGUGAAGUACAAAGUGUUCUAACCUCAAUAAAUGUUGAUAAAUAUUAAUUUGGCGAGUUGUUUUUUUACAUAAAUAAAGUUAAUUAAUUAAUAUAAAAUCAUGGUUGAAGAAAUGGAUGUUGAUUCUACUAAAUCAACAAAAACUCCAGUUGCUGAGAAUAUAAUUGUUCAGGGAAAACCAAAAUCUGGAAGAAUAUGGAAAGAACCACGUAAAAGAUUUUCAUCAAUAAUAAAAACAAAAGGUAUAAGAUCAUCAUUUCAAAGUAAAGAAAAAUUAAGACAAGACUUAAAAAGAGUGAAAGAAGCAUCACGAGCAAUUAUUGAAGAAAAAAAAGCUGAAAAAGAAGCUAAAAAACAGAGAAGAGUUGAAAAUCUUAAAAGAGCUGAAGAAAAUGCAAGAAAAAGUGAAGUUGUACAAGUUAUUAAAAAUACAUCUAAAAUUAAGCGAAUGAAGAAAAAACAAUUACGAAAACUUGAAAAAAGAGAUACACUACCUGCUUCAACAUAAACAUUCGAAUUAUUUAUUAUUAUUUUUCAUUUAUUGCAUAUUUUUUUUUUUUUUAAAUCAAUUUUUGCCACAUGCAUUAUUUUUUAACCAACAACAAA